AUGUCCAGCAGCGUCACCCCGACAUCCAGUGGUGUCACCUCAACAUCCAGCAGCAUCACCUCGAUGUCCAAUAGUGUCACCCCAACAUCCAGCAGCGUCACCCCAACAUCCAGCAGCAUCACCCCAAUGUCCAGCAGCGUCACCCCAACAUCCAGCAGCGUCACCCCCAUGUCCAACAGUGUCACCCCAACAUCCAACGGUGUUACCCCAACAUCCAGUGGUGUCACCUCAACAUCCAGCAGCAUCACCCCAAUGUCCAUCAGCGUCACCCCAACACCCAACGGUGUCACCCCAACAUCCAGCAGCGUCACCCCCAUGUCCAACAGUGUCACCCCAAUGUCCAGCAGCGUCACCCCAACAUCCAGCAGCGUCACCCCCAUGUCCAACAGUGUCACCCCAAUGUCCAGCAGCGUCACCCCAACAUCCAACGUUGUCACCCCAACAUCCAGCAGCGUCACAUUGACGUCCAGCAGCGUCACCUCGACGUCCAACAGUGUCACUCCCACAUCCAGCAGCGUCACCCCGACAUCCAGUGGUGUCACCCCAACAUCCAGUGGUGUCACCUCAACAGCCAGCAGCGUCACCUCGACGUCCAACGGUGUCACCCCAACACCCAGCAGCGUCACCCCAAUGUCCAGCAGCGUCACCCCCAUGUCCAGCGGUAUCCCCCCAACACCCAACGGUGUCACCCCAACAUCCAAAGGUGUCACCCCAACAUCCAAUGGUGUCACCCCAACAUUGGCAUCACCGUCACUCGGGGUGGGGACACUGGACACUGCGGGACACGGGGACGACGGCAGCUUUCUGGAGGCGGUCGAGGCCGCGCAGGAGCCCCAUCUUGUGCCGGAUGGAGUGGUCGAGGUUGACGGUGACACCGAGGAAGGCGCGGGCGUCAUGCGCGGUGAAGGGGAAGUGGGCAGCGAGGAAGGUCUGGAAGAGCUCGGGGUCCUCGUCCAGGCUGAGGACGUUGUGCAGCGGCUUCCGCAGGGCGCUCAGCUCCCCCACGUUCUCCUGGAAGAUGCUCCACAAGGUUCUCGUCCCCAAAUCUGCCGCCGGUUGGCUUUGCCAAGAGUCUUCCAAGCAUUGGAGAACCCAACUCAAGCGGCACGGCCACUGGUCGGCCAACACCACCCAGGCGGCGGCGGCGCGGGGCGCGGGGAUGCCGGAUGCGCCGGUGCGGUGCAGGAGGAGGCGCAGG